AUGAUCUUCACGGUUUGUUUGGCGCUCCUGGCCAUCGGCGGCAUCGGCAGCGGUAGCAGCAUCUACAAUGCCACGUCCGAAUUGAACGUCUUGUCGAACGAGUUGCACACUCGCGCAGUAUGGCCCCGUCUGGCCUACGGCAGGAAGGUCAACAUCGACAAGAUGUUCGACGAGAAUCUGAAAACGAUCCAGAGCCUGGUGGCCUAUUACGCCGAUCCGGGCAAAUUAAGAGACAUGCAGAUACCCAUCAAUCACAUCGCCGAGACUUUUGGCUACUACAUCUACUUGACCAACGGCAGUCUGCAGAAUCUCUCGUGGCUGGAGCGCGCCGGCACCUGCACCCUCGCCUAUCGCAACAAAGUCCUCACGGUGGAUCUCAUUAUGAGCUUCGAGUCUCUGUCCUUUGAUUACGACUACCGCUAUCCCGGCGUGCUCGCCACUUACGAGGGCCUGUUUUACGGCUUUGUGCGCGACGUGAAGAUGAACAUGGUCCUCGACAUCGACUUCGACAAGUACGAGAUGGUGCUGAAGAAUUUGGAUUAUCUCCGCGCUGGAAAAAUCGAUCUACACAUCAAGGGAGGAUAUUACAGCUGGUUCGUCAAUUGGGGCUUCAAGCUCGUCUCGCACUUCUGCCACGACCUGGUGCUCGAGAGGAUCUCGGUCUACUCUUCCUACCUCAUGGAGGGCCAGAUGAACGAGCUGAACGAGCAGCUCGGCCAGGGCCAUCGCAAAUUCGUCUUCAUCGACAAGACCAAGAACAGCCACAAGAACUUCUUCCAGACUCUCACGUCUCAUCUCUUUGGAUAAAUUAAAUAAAUAUUGUUAUUCGAUAUAGUCGAAAAUUGUAUACACCAGACCUACCCGAGA